CGCCCCUCUGGCCCGACCAAUGUGGAAGCCGUCUCGGGUACUCCGCCCUCCUCACCGGCAGCAAGCGGCUGCAUCUCUUGAGAGAAACUCGGCGGGGAUGGCGGCUGUGGCUUCGGCUGCCGGCUGGCUGUUCAGGCUCAGGGCGGCAGGGGCUCAGGGGCACUGGCGUCGGCUCUGUGGCGCGGGCCUGGCGCGGGGCUUUCUGCAUCCCGCCGCGACUGGCGAGGAUGCGGCCCAGAGGCGGCAGGUGGCUCAUUUCACUUUCCAGCCGGACCCGGAGCCCCGGGAGUACGGACAAACUCAGAAAAUGAAUCUUUUCCAGUCAAUAACAAGUGCCUUGGAUAACUCACUGGCCAAAGAUCCUACUGCAGUAAUAUUUGGUGAAGAUGUUGCCUUUGGUGGAGUCUUUAGAUGCACUGUUGGCUUGCGAGACAAAUAUGGAAAAGAUCGAGUUUUUAAUACCCCAUUGUGUGAACAAGGAAUUGUUGGAUUUGGAAUUGGAAUUGCAGUCACUGGAGCUACUGCCAUUGCAGAAAUUCAGUUUGCAGAUUAUAUUUUCCCUGCAUUUGAUCAGAUUGUUAAUGAAGCUGCCAAGUAUCGCUAUCGCUCUGGGGAUCUUUUUAACUGUGGAAGCCUCACUAUCCGGUCCCCUUGGGGCUGUGUUGGCCAUGGGGCUCUGUACCAUUCUCAGAGUCCUGAAGCAUUUUUUGCCCAUUGUCCAGGAAUCAAGGUGGUUAUACCCAGAAGCCCUUUCCAGGCCAAAGGACUUCUUUUGUCAUGCAUAGAGGAUAAAAAUCCUUGUAUAUUUUUUGAACCUAAAAUACUUUACAGGGCAGCAGUGGAACAGGUUCCUGUAGAACCGUACAACAUCCCACUGUCCCAGGCUGAAGUCAUACAAGAAGGGAGUGAUGUUACGCUAGUAGCCUGGGGCACUCAGGUUCAUGUAAUUCGAGAGGUAGCUUCCAUGGCAAAAGAAAAGCUUGGAGUGUCUUGUGAAAUUAUUGAUCUGAGGACUAUAAUACCUUGGGAUGUGGACACAGUUUGUAAGUCUGUGAUCAAAACAGGGCGACUGCUAAUCAGUCACGAGGCUCCCUUGACAGGCGGCUUUGCAUCGGAGAUCAGCUCUACAAUUCAGGAGGAAUGUUUCUUGAACCUAGAGGCUCCUAUAUCAAGAGUAUGUGGUUAUGACACACCAUUUCCUCACAUUUUUGAACCAUUCUACAUCCCAGACAAAUGGAAGUGUUAUGAUGCCCUUCGAAAAAUGAUCAACUAUUGACCAUAUAGAAAAGCUGGAAGAUUAUGACUAGAUACAGAAAUAUUUUUUCUGAAUUUUUAAAAUAUUUCCUCAGACUUAUCUCUUUUUGAAAAGAAAGUUUUUAUGAAAUUAACCAUCAUGAUAUUGGCUGAAAAGUUCUACAUUCUAUUAUUGUAUUGUAUUGUAUUGUAUUGUAACACACAUGCAUUGAUGAUUUUGAUUAAGAAAUUUCAGAUUAACUUUGAAGAAUGUUCCACAUGAUAAUCUUAUAAAUUCAGUUUAAUUACAUCUGUAAAUAUUGUGUGUGAGAUAGUAUUAAAUAAAGUAAAAGCAGAUUGUC